AUGAUGCUCGCCUAGCUGAGAGGAGCUUCUUGUGCCCGGCUCCCCUUGUGUGCGUAAAACUUUCUAAUGAAAUCCCAAAUUUAUUUUUGACCAAUUUAGAAUUCGUUCUACUUAGGGUCAAGAGGGAUUCAAGACACUCAAAGAACUUUCCCUGCUAAAGAAAACUUCAGAAUCAUGGAGCCCAAUUCUACGGCGGGAGGGGCUGAGGAAGAGCACCAUGGAAACUACUCACCAAAUCCAUCUGCAGAGGCGCCGCCUGGAAAGCACGCAGUGUCAGAGGCCUUGGAAGAGGUGCAGGAGGAGUUGAUAGAACAUCAACCUCUGGAGCAGGAAGACCUGAACUUUGAGAAAUGGAAGCCCAAGCCCAAACCUAAGAGAACGCUCCACGAGAAAGCAGGCGAUGUGAAGACAUAUCUAUGGAACGCAGAGACCAGAGAGUUCAUGGGCCGCACUGGGCAUAGCUGGUUUCUGAUCAUCCUCUUCUACACGGCACUGUAUGCAUUCCUGGCGGCCAUGUUUGGUGCCUGUAUGUGGUGCCUCAUGCUGUCUAUCAGCCCCUACCAUCCAACCCACAACGACAGGGUGAUGCCACCAGGUAUGACGAUGUCCCCACAACUGGAUGGGCACUAUGAGAUCGCCUUCAAUGCAUCCGACCGCAAGUCUUGGAAGAAGUAUGUAAAGCUAAUGGAAGAACAGCUAAGACCAUACAAUGACGCCGUACAGGAGCAGAGGAACAUCCAGUGUCCGCAGGACGCGUACUUCAUGCAGGAUGAACAAGGGGAAAGCGCAGAGAGGAAGGCGUGCCAGUUCAAGAGGUCCUGGCUGGGCGAGUGCUCGGGGCUCCAGGACCCCCACUUUGGAUUCUCCCAGGGGAAACCCUGCAUCCUCCUCCGAAUGAACCGGAUACUGGGCUAUUUACCUGGCCAAGGCACUCCCGUAAACGUGACCUGUGGAGUCAAGAAAGGUGCGCCAGAAAGCUUAGGAGAACUUCAGUUCUUCCCAAAAAGCAUUUUCAACCUGAUGUACUACCCUUACUAUGGGAAGCUGAGACAUGUAAACUACACAGCGCCGGUGGUGGCCGUGCGUUUCAAUGGGCUGCAGUACGACACCCACAUUGUUGUAAAAUGCAAACUCAAUGGCAAGGGCAUCAUCAAUGAUUCGCCUACCGAUCGCUUCCUAGGCAGUGUGUCCUUCUCCUUCGAUGUGGGCGCAUAGUAGUAUUCCCCAUGCUGAAUGCUGUCCCCAUGACAACCAGGAGACAAGAGAAUAUAGGAAAAAAUCUCAUUAUGUUGAAUCCUUGUUUUGCAUAAAAUAGUUGACCAGCUUCUCUCUUCUCCCAUUCCCUCAUGUACUCUUGUGCCUUUUGCUGAAAAAAGCAAUCAUUUGGAAUGUUAAUGGAUCAUAAGCACACACACGACACAGACACCUCACUGAUAGUCUUGAGCACAAGCUAUGUAUAGAAACUGAAUAUUACCAUUGAAUACUUAGCUAGACCAAUGCCACUAGCUAGGUUUAUGAAACACAAGGCUCAUCUCACAGGUAGUUAGUCUCUGUAGCUAUGCAAUUUAUAAUUUAAGACAUUAUUAAUAGACAUAAAUACCCACUGUACAAUAAGGAUAUAAGAGGAACAUGUUAAGCACAUUUUGUUUUUAAAUCAAAUUGUGUACUAAUUUCUUUUGAGUUUGUACUUUUCAACAGCAUAUCUAUUGUGUUUUGUAGACUCCAAGGGCUACAAUAUGAAGAAUGGUGAAGGCAGGACACUUUUACUUACACAGUAAGAUAAACAGUAAAUGACUAGGUUACAUUUCAGUAAGAUAAACAGUAAAUGACUAGGUUACAUUUCAGUAAGAUAAACAGCAAA